UCGUAAUUCGUAUUCGUAUUUGGUGUAAAAGUACAACGGUACAACAAUCUCUGGCACAACGUGCCUGAGGAUAAUGGUCAUAUAACGUAAUAUUAACAAAGUUAUCGGUGUAGUUGUCACGUACUUGUGUUGUUUUAUAAUAUGUUGCCGCACACAAUACAUAAAUGAAAAACGUUUUCAUUUUCACUUGUAUUUAUAUAAUGUCGCUCGUUCAGUUAUGAAUAAUUUAUUAUUUUAAUCAAUUACACAUUGCACAAAGUCUGUAAGUCAGUCUCAACACACCAUGGAGCCUAAUAAAAACGAUUGCAUUGAUGUGGCAAUACCCAAAGAUGCAGUGGAAGUUAAAGUGACCAACAUGAUUAAUCCUUACUACAUCAGAGUUUAUGAAGUAGCAAAAACGUGCACAAGAAACAACAAUUUAACUAGGGUGCUCCAAAAAAUAGAAAAAUCUCAGCUAAAAAAGAAAAAUUUGCAUUCCAAAAGUAUUGCUCUUGGUGAUAAUGUGAUUGUAUCACUGAGUAGCAUAAAUGAUGAACAAUAUGACCUUCCUGAUUGGAUAUGCAGAGGUAUUGUUACUGACACAACUUCAAACUCAUCGGAAGUAUUUCUUAUAGAUUAUGGCAUAGCUAUUAAUGUUCCUACCACGUCUCUUGUACAGUAUAAAGACAGUCAAGUUCCAGUAGAGCACUUCACAUUAACUGUUGGGUUGUAUAAUAUUGUGCCUCUUGAUUCGAAACUUUGGAGUGUUCAAAAAGACUGGUCAGAUAAUACUUUGAAUUUUAUAAGACAGUUGUUUCAAGUAUCAAAAAAGACUUAUUUUCAAGUUUUAGCCAAUGACUACAAAAAUGGAAAAUUGUAUGGAGAUUUUUUUCUUGUGAUUGAAGAAAGAAACAUUUGUUUGAGUAAAAUAUUGAUAUGUAGUUUGAAAGCUGUUCCUCUUGCUAAAGAACUAAAAGCAGCCAUAAAGAAUGAUACUGAUGAACCGAAAAUUUCUUUUUCAUAUCAAAUGAACACUCCCAAAGACAACGAAAAAGUUAGCCAGAAAACAAACGAGAAUGUUACAACGAUUGAAAAAAAAAAGUUUUAUACCAAAAACAAGUUUCUUAAUAAAGAAAAAAUGCUUAUUCGAAGUGAAUUAUCAAUUGAACCUUUGGAACAUUUAUCUGAAGCACGAUUUACCUCAGGCAUACAUAAGGCUCUCAAUAACAAUGGGGUUCGUACACCCAAACACAUACAAACAUACAUGUGGCCUGCUGUCAGGAAAGGUUUUAACACUGUUGCUGUUGGCACAACGGAAUCUGGAAAAACUAUUGGUUACUUGGUCCCAAUGAUAAGUUGCGUCACAAAUCGUGAAGAGAAUACAUUAGAAAAUAAAAAAAGCUGUCUCGGGGCACAACCGAUAGUUCUAAUUUUGUGUACAAACAUAUCUGACUGUAUUUAUGUAGCUGAUAACUGCAAUCGUCUUUUAUAUGAGUACAAGUCCGUCAAAUGUUACGCAGCUUUUAACGGAAUAUCAGACAAAACGCUUAUGACAAAAAUAUUGAAUAAGUUUAAUAUUUUAAUUACAACACCGCCUUUUCUACUCAGAUUACUGGACUCUGAUAUGUUUGCCAAAAAAAUAGAUUUCUCAGAUUUGUCAUGCUUGAUACUGGACAAAGCUGACCUAAUACUAGAAAAGUACCGACAAGAAGUAUUGACUUUAAUUAAGCGUCAUAAUAUCAUCGACUCAGGACGACAAAAUCUCCUUCAUUCAGGAAAAAUGCAAGUCGUUGCUGUAUCAGACACCUGGACUGAAAGACUCCAGUCAUUCAUAGAAGUAUUUAUUCCACAACCUUACGUAUGUAUUGGCUCAUUUGUGGAAGCAGCUGCAUACUGUAAAGUCAGAGGAAGAAUGCUGAUUUGUCAUUCCAAAGAUAAAAUGAACAAACUUUUGGACGUCCUUAUGGAUUACUCGAAAAAUAAGACAAUGAUAUUUUGCAUUAACAGCGAAGAAGCUAUUAAAUUAAAUAACUUUCUUUUAUCGCAAUCUGUUAAAACAUUGUUGGUCCAUGAAGACAUGGAAAUCCUAAAAAUUGAGGCAAUCAAAGAAGUUUGGGAUAGAUGUUUAUCAGGGAUUUACCCUGUCGUCAUUUGCACUGAUCAAGUUGCAUUCGAACUUGACAUUUCAGAUAUAGAAUUUGUAAUUCACUACACAGUGACCAAUAUUUCUAAAACUAAAUUCAGCCAAAGAUUUUUUGUUUUCAUGGAUCACUGGAUUCAGGAGACAAAAAAUAAUUGCAAAGUCAUGGUUUUGUUCGACGAAACUAAAGAAAACGUUCACUUCAAAGGAGUCAUAAAUGUUUUAAAAAGACUGAAAGUCGAUCUGCCGAGUGAUUGGGACCAAAUAGCUGACGGCUUGGAUAUGGCAGCAGAUCUUAAGAAAAAACAUUAUCCUAUUUGUGACCAAAUCAAAAUGUUUGGAUAUUGCAAAAAUAAUUCUUGCACAUACCGCCAUCGUGUUAUGGCUGAUGCUGAUAAACCAACAUUCCACAUAUCCAUUGGUGAUGAGUUGAAGUUAAUCAUCUUGGCUACACAUGGCGCGAAUUAUUUGACGGCUCGAAUAAUGGAAGUUAUUAAAACAUGCGAGAAAACGGGAUCCAAAACCACAAAGGAAUAUUCGUACAGUAUAGAGGCUACCAAGUUACAAACAAGAUUAAAAAAUUUCUUUGCAAACUCUCUCAACAGGGUUUCACUGAAGGAUGUAGUUGUUGGCAAAAUUUGCGCGCUUAGGUACAUUAGCGCUUACUCACGAGUACAAGUACUGAAAGUUAUUGAGUAUGAUCCUAAAACUGAAAAGCCAAGGAUUGUUCGUCUUCGAUCUGUAGAUGAUGGCAAAAUACACGAAAAGGCUUUUGUUUACGAUCUGUUUGAGCUUCCCGAAAAUUUAGCGAGUGUACAAUUACCAGUAAUUGAAGUGAUCUUAGUUAAUAUUGCACCUUUUGAUGAAGAAACUAAAUGGACUGAUUUAGCCACUACAGAGUGUAACGAUUGGUACAAGAGAGAAAUUACCUCUACAGUAAAUGCUUACGCAAAGGUGCUCCUGCAAAUCGGUAAUUGCAUAUUUACAGAGUCUCUCAUAGCUAGCAGAAAAUCCAAAGGUUAUGAAAAUUUAAAGUUGUCGUCGUUGAAAGAUUCAAUACUGAAAAAUGGACAUGCCACAAAAAAUGAAAGUCAUUUGGAAAGCUUAGUAAACUUAUGUAUUAAUGGUGGUAUAACAGAAAUCAAUGGUUCACCAAUUAGAUUGCCUGAGAAAAACAAAAAUUCUCUGGAUGAUUGCGAUUAAUCAGAUCAAUAAAAAGUUCCUUUCGUCCCUUUCAAAUUUAUAAGUAUUUUCAUUGUACUAAAGAUUCGUUUGAAAAGUUGUAGUUUGUAUUAAAAUCUAAUGGAUCUUGCAAAACCUUGAAUCUCAACUAUUUUGUGAUCUUUUUAUUACAUAAGUUAUUUUUUUAUAUUAAAUACAUGUUAAACAAU